CUUGCCCACAGUUGCCCCGGUGACGUUCCCAGCCCAUGUGAUCCUCGCGCUCGUAUAUAGCGACACACAAGAUCCGCCCUGUUUGGGACUCACAUCUGGCUUUUUUGGUCGCUUCGAUUAAUGUUUCCUUCGCUUGGACCAAAAAAUGACGAGUUCGUGAUCUUCACCAUCGCCGUCACCCGAAGCACAUGGCGCUUGAGGGAGGGAGGGAAAGGAGCGCGCAGCCCGUGUGUUUCUCAGCCUCCCCCCCCCCCGUCCGUCGCCGCUCCGCUCCGCUCCGCUCCGGCUCCCAUGGCAUGACUCGCUCGGUGUGUGAAGAAGUGUGUUCGCUCGCUGUCUCCGCGGACUGACCGCCGUCCAGCCAUGACUCUGAGCUCUGACAUGAUGUCCGACGCCUCGAUGCUGUCGGAGGAGACCGACAUCGACGUGGUGGGGGAGGGGGAGGACGGGGACGCGGACGCGGACGGGGACGGGGACGGGGACGCGCGCUCCUGCGCGGACCAGGUGGCCCGCAUCCGCGACGACCUGCUGCUGGCGGGCUCCCCGCCGCCGUGCGCGGACAGCCCCUCGUCCCGGGACGCGUACAAGGCGGCGGCGGGCAAGAACGCGCUGGUGAAGCCGCCCUACUCGUACAUCGCGCUCAUCACCAUGGCGAUCCUGCAGAGCCCCAAGAAGCGGCUCACGCUCAGCGAGAUCUGCGACUUCAUCAGCAGCCGCUUCCCCUACUACCGCGAGAAGUUCCCCGCGUGGCAGAACUCGAUCCGCCACAACCUGUCCCUCAACGACUGCUUCGUCAAGAUCCCCCGCGAGCCGGGCAACCCGGGCAAGGGCAACUACUGGACCCUGGACCCGGAGUCGGCGGACAUGUUCGACAACGGCAGCUUUCUGCGCAGGAGGAAGCGCUUCAAGCGGCAGCAGACGCCGCCCGAGCUGCUGCGGGACCCGGGCGGAUUCCUGCCCGCUGCCGCCGCGGCCGCCGCUGCGGCCGCCGCCGCCGCCGCAGCCGCCGCCGCCUACGGCUUCGGGCCGUACGGCUGCGGGUUCGGGGUGCAGCUGCAGUCGUACCACCACUCGCACUCGGCGCUCUUCGCCUACCAGCCGCAGUCCAGACACUCGCACGCGGCCGGCGCUGCUGCGAUCCCGGCCCCUGCGCUGAUGCCCGCCGCGGGCGCCGACCUGGCCGCGAGGAGCCGCUUCUACCCCCAGCUGAGCCCGAACGUGCCCCCCUGCCCCUCCGCGCAGACCGCGGCGACGAAGGCGAGCGGCCCGGCGCACAGGUCCACCUUCUCGAUCGAGAGCAUCAUUGGGGGGCCCCUGGGCUCCCCCAACUGCGCCUCCCGGACUUCGGCGCUCGUGCCCGUGCUGCCCCCGCCGGCGGCGCUCGGCCCUCCUGCUCUCACGGCGGCGCGCUCGACCACGCCGCGGCUGCCCGGGCACCCGGGAGCCGCUCUGCCCCCCGUGGUCGUGGACAGCUUCCCGCACCGGACGGCCAGCGGCACCACGUCCACGGGCUGUUAACUUUUACCGCAGUCGAACGAACGAACGAACGAACAAACAAACAAACAAACAAACAAACAAAGAACAUCAUCAGCAUCAUCAACAAAACAAAAAUUUAAAACACAAACCCGCUCCUCGCAGCAGGUAGGAAUUAUUUUUGUAUUUGUUGUUUUCUUACAAGCAGCUGAAUGACGGACAUUAACACUAUCUGUGCCUAUAUUCACGCUGUAAAAUAUUACAAAAAAAAAAAAAGAAUAUAUUUAUGUAUACAGUUUAGUGUGAAUCUAAUCCCCCCACACAGACUUCGUUAUAAUUAUAAAGUGAUCCGUAUAAAAUCACUGUUUUCUGGACGUCUCAGGAUUACAA